ACUUGAUUGAAAGAGAAGGUUGGACGCAGGUCAAGACCAGCAACAGCUAGUUUACGGCGAGGGAGGUACGACGAAACCCCACGGUGAUUAUAACUACUUCCACCGUUGAAGCUGCUUCCGUACAACUACUAGUAUAGUCGACCAUUGCAGCAGGUCAAGACUGACAAGAGCACCACCAACUGCGCAAUCUGCCGGCGUUUACCUCAAAAAUCUAUCGAAAAGCGAGUCGCGACGAGGAUCGAUUCUGCGCUCUAGGCACAUAGGUCUCGAUCUCACAACCCGUUCCGCGAACUCCGACCGUCCGACGACCCAAGCACUGAUACUGCCAUGCAGGAUUCUAGGAGUAGGUCUGUUCUGGAUGUAUUGUGGUCCGAGCACCAUGUAAAUCUCCUAUGAUCGCUUUUCUGACAGCGUGUCAGGUCAAGCAGCUCAGCUGACCGCGAUACUACAGUUCGCUGGCCGCACUCAUUUUUCGACCGUCCGGAGAGUUGUCAAGUGUCGUCGACUGGUGCAGGACGCAGCAGCAUGCACUGCGUGUAGCAAUCGGUCGAUUCUGUCCAGGCUCGUGUAGAUCUACGGGUUUCUACUUUCUAGCGCACUUAUGUCAAGCCCCCGCUGGGAAGGCUACUACAGUCAUGCCACAACCAGUGGCCGAGUACGGAGUGAUCUACGGCCGGCUGUUGUUUUGUUGAGAAUCAUAAGCGCGCUGUGAAGUACAGGCAGCUGCAGCCCCGGCGAUCCAAGUGAGUGCUUUUAUUGCCGUGCGUGCCAGACGACUGCACCAGUUGGCUGUUGUCCCUCUGUCCGGAGAGUGCGUGCACGUGUGUGUUUUUCAUGUGGCCGUACCGUACCGUGUAUGUGAAGGUAGGCGUCAGCGACUGAGACGUUAGAAAAGAUUUUGUUGAAUGUCCAGCACUAGCGAGCAUUGUGGAGAAGGCGUCUGGCCUCGUGAAAUGAGCGCUACAUCUGGUUAUCAGAGUACUACUGACAGUGACCCAGGACAUAGUAAGUCUUGCACUGCUCCUCAGCUCCAGGCAAGACGGACGAGGAGUGAGGAGACGACGACAACGAACAACGACGCAGUUAUGCCAGCUUCGAUCAUAUCCACAACUAGCCAAGAGACUUCCCAAGACAGUACUAGUAUCAUGUACUGUGGCGGUACACAGGCCAGCAGUAGUACUAGCAGGAUCAACUCACUGGAGGGUUCCACCGGAGAUGACUUGCAGGGGUUUUCCAGUGAUUCCGACUACGCGGGGCAGAGCGAUUGCGAAUCGUCCAAUUUCGAUGCAAGCGACCUAGCGGUCGAUGAGGAAAAGUCAGCGACUGGCAGAAAAAGGAAGGUAGCGUCCAGGCGAGCGGCGUGUGGUUCUCAGAACGAUGAGUUGAGCGACAACAGAAUGAAGUCCCUAUCCGUCGAUUCAGAUUGUAAUGACGAGGACGCUGCUGACGACUACGUCGACAUUCAUCCGGUGGACUUGUCAACGCGGCUGGCAGAGUUCAGGCUGAGUAGCAAUGCCAAUACGCACGCUCUGACAGAGCGAUAUUCGUACGUGCCCUUCUCUUCUCAAGUGGCUGAUCAGCAGCAGCAGAAGAGGAAAGCAGAUGAUGACGACUACGAGGAAAUGGCCCCACACGACCCGUACGCCAUUGCAGGAAGGAGACCGACGUACAGUCGAAACAACAGCACAGGAUGUUAUGUCACCGCACAUCCUAUUCCGCAGAAGCUGGGAAAGAAGCAGAUCUCAGAUCAGUCGGUUCUGAGCAGCAGUGGAGUGGUCUCUAUGUGCAGUACGGACAGCGGUGAGGGAAAUGCUAAUGUCAGAUCUAGAGAUGCCUCACCUGUUGCCUUGCAGAAGAGCCCUAACAAGCUGUACGACAAGUUGAGUGGGUACAAUGCCUGCAGUGCGUACGAAUAUGCCAGUGGCAGAGAUCAGCUUGAUGGAGGGGAUGUGGAUGCUACCGAUGCGGAUCAUGACUACACAAACGUAGAGGAACGGCAGGACAUGCCCCUGCCUGAUGUCUGGCUUGCACGAAAACAGAUCUUACACGACUAUGAAGAUCCAGAUUAUGCCGUGGCGGGAGAAUCAAGCGAUGAUGAUGAAGAAGAUGAUGGCGAUGUUGAAGAACCAGCCUAUGCAGCAGGUGUUCAGCUAGCAGCAGACAGGCCCUCUGGCUAUCAGAGUCGAGCUGGAUUCAAUCACAUGGAGGUUAACUCCGAGCCAGAGACAACGCGCUUUGCCAUUUCACCGCCCAUCGCUCACAAGUUGAAGCGCAAGAACUCGGAAGGGGCAUUGUAUAAGCUGCCAGCGUUCCCUGCCCACCCAGCAUCACAAGUCAAUCAGCGUCGAUCCUCACAGAGCAGCAUGACACUAGGCCUAACAUCCCGCCCAGUCAGUCGCGUUGAAGCAUCAUCUGGUUCUCUUACGCCAGGUACACUGCGACCAACUGAUAUUAGCCUGACACCGACUGGAGCGUCCGGGAAGACGAUGAAAAGUGGACGCUCCACUCCGACUCUACGCGAUCGCUUCACUUCUUUCUCCCUGAACCGUUUCAACUCUCCAAUGCGUAAUCGCCCGCCGUCAUCACUGUCUGCCUCUCAGCUGGCAUUGUCAUCGCUAGGUGCAAGCACACCAGGUGGAUUGUCAUUACAGCAACAGCAAAUGUCGGUGCCGCGGAGCCGUCACUCCAUGUACAUUGGCGAUGCAAGUGCAGCAGCGGCGGCAGCAGCAACAGCAACACUUCCAGUUGCCGACAGUGCUGAACACUCGCCGGCGCUGCAGCGCCACGCCGAGUAUGACUCCAUUGCUUCAAAGUGGACCACCAUCGAUCGCAGUUCUCCAAAGUCCAAGCAGAAACGUUCUCCCUUCUCUCUAUUGACGAAGAAAACCGACAAACGGAAGAAAGCAUCAAGCUUGAGGAAGGGCCAGCAAGGAGAUUCUCCAGCCCUUUCACACCUUGAUGUUCUGGAGCAACACAGCAGGCAGAACAGUGGCUCUUCUGAAUUGGCUGCCUUCUCUAAGAGCACACUUGUUUGACUCAUGACGCAGUGAUUGCUGCUGUCAGUCGCUGGUGUCAGUCUUCCAAGCUGGUCGCGACUUGCACAAAGCACUGAGCUAAUGCGCCCUGCAAAUACUCACCCAGUCACCAAAUUAUACAACAGUCCACAACCUCCAGAUCAACCGAUUGCCAAUUUCCAAUUCACGACCCCCGUGUCACGAGUUUGUGUGUAUUAUCGUUUCGGAACACUAGUCAGAUUACCGACAUGUGCAUGCGAGAGAGAGAGAGAGAGAGGAGAGAGAGAGAGUGUGUGUGUGUAUAUAUUUAUUCUCAACAAUUGUAACCAGGAUACGUUCACCAUUGUCAAUCUUGUGUGGACUUCAUCUUGAAUGUCGACAUUUCAUGUAAUGGAAUUCUGCUACCCAGUACAUUUUUCGAUUCAUGCAUGGUCUGCAGUUUUCCAUCAUGACCCGUACCAAGCCAAGCUGCUGGCAAGCCUAUUGAGAGUCCCAUGAAUAUUAUCCAGUACUACAUGUACCACCUUGAGACUGUCCAGUUAUUACUCACAACUGCAUUUCUUCACCCUGCUGAACUUGGAAUGUUUGUUUGUCAUGCAGCUUCCUCCUGCAACCCAGUACCUUUGCUGCUGCUGCUGCACCCACUGCUGCCUCCUUGAGUCCUGUUGAACUAUUAUUCACUACCACCAUUUUUAAAUUAACACUGAGCUACUGUUGUCACACACAUGAUUCAUAUGAAGGUCAAUGUGUCCUCAUUCGCCAAGAUCUAAGUUCGAAAGUGCCGUGCCACGUA